GGUCGGAGCUCGUGAAAGCCCGACGCGAGCGCCGCCUGCACGGUCGCCUUGGGCAGCCACGCGAGCGCCACGAACGCCUUCUCCCGGAAUUUGAGAUGUCUGCCACGGCCUCGGGACGCGAGGCUGCGUCGUACAACGAGGAGCGCCGCCUCGCGAAGCUCGCGCGGCUCCGCGGCACGGGCCGCCGCCGCCGGCAGCCCCAGCCCCAUGCCAUGACGUCUCCACCACCACCGGACGAAGCGUUCAGCCCGCCGCCUCCAAAUGAAGCGCCGCCGGAAAACUGGGACGACGUGCCCGUCGGCGGCAAGGGUCGCACGCCCCAGCGCAUCGACGACGACGACGCCGAGCCGGCGGCUUAUGACGGAGGAAGCUGGCGGUCCGCUUCGAAGCCGGCCCGGGCGCCGCGGCCGCGCGCCAGCCCGACGAAGGUGCCGACGGCGCGCGAGUGGGACGACACGCCCGUCGGCGGCGCUCAAAGGCCGCCGCCGCAACAAGCCGAGCGCAAGCGGGCGCCCGCGGCGCGGCGGCCCGUCGUCAGCCAGCGCGAGUGGGACGAGAUGCCCGUCGGCCAUAGUGGAGGCGGCCAGGUCUGGACGGAAUACCCCGAGGGCGAGACCGGGCCGCCGCCGCGCGCGGCGACGCCGGACUCGGACUCGGACUCGACGGGCAGCCUCGAGAUGCGGCCCGCGCCGGCGCGGCGCGACUGGGACGACGAGCCUGUUAGUGAAGGCGCCAAGCAGGACUGGGACGAGGCGACCGGCAGCGACGACGACGAGCGGCCCGCUGGCGGCGCCGGGCGCGCGCCGGUGCGGCCCGUCGAGAGCUCGUCCGCGCGGGACUCGGACGAAGCGACACCGGUCGCCAGCGACGACGAGCGUCCGUUCGCGACUGACGACGAGCCCGCGGAUGCCAAGGACUGGGACGACCAGCCCGUCGGCGGCGGCGGCGGCGCGCGGGACUGGGCCGAGUACCCCGAGGAGGACGACGCUCCGCGCUCGGCGCGCCGAGAGGAGAGCGACCGCCGCGCCGCCUCACCACUUACGUAUGAUGCGACGCCACUGCAGCCGAGCCCGGCGCCGCCCUCGCCACGCCCGUCGCCGGCGCCGCCCUCGCCGACGAGACCGGAGCGACCGCCGUGCACGUUGGAGGACCUGCGGGACCGCUGGGGCACCUGCGUGUACUUGCUGCGAAGCCCGGACGUGCGCGAUGCCCAAGCGCUGGAAAAAACGAGACAAGCGGCGGAGGAUGGCGUCGCUUAUGUUGAGGAGGUAAAAACGGUGGCCCAGCGGUUGAAAAUUAGGGGCGGCGCCCUGUCGAAGAUGUUGCUGCCCUACGGCGAGGAGACGUCUACGCUAGAACAAGCGCAUACGUCCAAUCGGGCGGAAUACGAGCGGCUCGAGGAGCUCGGGCUUCCCGAACAACGCGCCAGGGAACUCGUCGACAAAGCUUUAGCAGCGAGAUCUCUGGUGAGAGUCAAGGUCGCGGACGACAACGACCUCGAGCAGAUGCUCCUGGCGUGCGGGGAAUUGAGGGACUUCUUCGACGACCUCGAGGCGCACGCGCGGCGGGAAAGGGCGGGCGCGUUCGACGUCUUCGCGACGCUCGAGUAAUCUCGGCGGCGGUCC